GUGGGGAUUUCGGGCAUGGUUUUCUCCGCAAGCAUCGCGCGGGUGGAGGCCUUGGAAACAUGGGGACUCCUUCGGGCCUGCAGACCGACUGCGAGGCGCUGCUCAGCCGAUUCCAGGGGACGGACAGCGUACGCUUCGAGGACUUCACGGAGCUCUGGAGGAACAUGAAGUUCGGGACCAUCUUCUGUGGUAAAAUGAGAAAUUUAGAAAAGAACAUCUUUACAAAAGAAGCUUUAGCUUUGGCUUGGCGAUAUUUUUUACCUCCAUACACCUUCCAGAUCAGAGUUGGUGCUUUGUAUCUGCUAUAUGGAUUAUAUAACACUCAACUGUGUCAACCAAAACAAAAGAUCAGAGUUGCUCUGAAGGACUGGGAUGAAGUUUUAAAAUUUCAGCAAGAUUUGAUAGAUGCACAACAUUUUGAUGCAGCUUAUAUCUUUAGGAAGCUACGACUAGACAGAGCAUUUCACUUUACAGCAAUGCCCAAAUUGCUGUCAUAUAGAAUGAAGAAGAAAAUUCAGCGCCCUGAAGUUACAGAAGAAUUUAAGGAUCCAAAUGAUCGUGUAACAAAACUUAUUACUUCUGAUGUACUAGAGGAAAUGCUAAAUGUUCAUGAUCAUUAUCAGAACAUGAAACAUAUAAUUUCAGCUGAUAAGUCCAAGCCAGACAAAGCGCUCAGCUUGAUAAAGGAUGAUUUUUUUGACAAUAUUAAGAACAUAGUUUUAGAGCAUCAGCAGUGGCACAAAGAUAGACAGAAUCCAUCCUUAAAAUCAAAAAUUAAAGAUGGAGAAGAAAAGAGGGAAGGAAGUUCACAAGAAACAGAGAGAUGUGAAAGGGCAGAAUCAUUAGCAAAAAUAAAAUCAAAGGCCUUUUCAGUUGUUUUUCAGGCAUCCAAAUCAAGAAGGCAUCGUCAAGUCAAACUUGACUCUUCUGACUCUGAUUCUGCAUCUGGUCAAAGACAAAUCAAAGCAACUAGGAAAAAAAGAAACAAAGAAACAUCAAAAUCAGCAGGAAGGAAGAUGUCUUCCAGAAACAAAGGUAACGUGCAGAACGUACAUAAGGAAGAUAAAACUUUAAGUCUGAGUAUGCCUGUAAUUACAGAAGAGGAAGAGGAGAAUGAAAAUUUUAAGGAAACAGAGUUCAUUGUACCCAAGAGGAAAAGAAAACACUGAAUGAAGAGCCUGGUGUAGUUUUUAAUUUGGGGCUGACAGAAGGAAAGAUUUAUAUAUUUUGUGUAUUGGACAAGAAGACUGCCAGUAUUAAAAAUAAUUCUUCUGGGAAACUAGUUAUUUCUUUGAAAUGACAGCACCUUAACAUAAUUCUAGAAUAAA